ACUUUUGCUCCCACAAGUCCUGCCUCGGAGGCGGGGGAGCUGGACCAGCAGCCGCCUGGAGCGUCCGAGUCGCAGUCGCCGGGGCUCCCGCGUUCCCCAGAACGGUGGGACGCGGGGCUUGGCAGCCGCCAGCGGAACAUGGCGCCCUGGACGCUGUGGCGCUGCUGCCAGCGCGUCGUGGGCUGGGUGCCGGUGCUCUUCAUCACCUUCGUGGUCGUCUGGUCCUACUACGCGUACGUGGUGGAGCUCUGCGUGUUUACUAUUUUUGGAAAUGAAGAAAAUGGAAAGACCGUUGUUUACCUUGUGGCUUUCCAUCUGUUCUUUGUUAUGUUUGUAUGGUCCUAUUGGAUGACAAUUUUCACAUCUCCCGCUUCCCCCUCCAAAGAGUUCUACUUGUCCAAUUCUGAAAAGGAACGUUAUGAAAAAGAAUUCAGCCAAGAAAGACAACAAGAAAUUUUGAGAAGAGCAGCAAGAGCUUUACCUAUCUAUACCACAUCAGCUUCAAAAACUAUCAGAUAUUGUGAAAAAUGUCAGCUGAUUAAACCUGAUCGGGCACAUCACUGCUCAGCAUGUGACUCAUGUAUUCUUAAGAUGGAUCAUCACUGUCCUUGGGUGAAUAACUGUGUGGGAUUUUCUAAUUACAAAUUCUUCCUGCUGUUUUUAUUGUAUUCCCUAUUAUAUUGCCUUUUUGUGGCUGCAACAGUUUUAGAGUACUUUAUAAAAUUUUGGACGAAUGAACUGACAGAUACACGUGCAAAAUUCCACGUACUUUUUCUUUUCUUUGUGUCUGCAAUGUUCUUCAUCAGCGUCCUCUCACUUUUCAGCUACCACUGCUGGCUAGUUGGAAAAAAUAGAACAACGAUAGAAUCAUUCCGCGCACCCACGUUUUCAUACGGACCUGAUGGAAACGGUUUCUCUCUUGGAUGCAGUAAAAAUUGGAGACAAGUCUUUGGUGAUGAAAAGAAAUAUUGGCUACUUCCAAUAUUUUCAAGCUUGGGUGAUGGUUGCAGUUUUCCAACUCGCCUUGUGGGGAUGGAUCCAGAACAAGCUUCUGUUACAAACCAGAAUGAAUAUGCCAGAAGUAGUGGCUCAAAUCAGCCUUUUCCUAUCAAACCACUUAGUGAAUCAAAAAACCGCUUGUUGGACAGUGAAUCUCAGUGGCUGGAGAAUGGAGCUGAAGAAGGCAUCGUCAAAUCAGGGACAAAUAACCAUGUAACAGUGGCAAUAGAAAAUUGAGUACCACUUGUUCAUAACUAACCAUUUGAAUAAGAGCAAGGUGUAUGAAAACAUUAUAGACUGAUAUUUUCAAUUUUCAUUUGCAAGAAAAUGAUCAAAGGAAUGAAAUAAUUGAAGUAUAACAGAAGUUAUAUUUUUUAAAACAGAAAGCCUUUGUACAGUUUCUGGGAUUCACAGAAGCACGACUCCAGAGCAGAACGAUGCCUUAAUCUUAAGUGUCCAUUUGUGCAGCAUUGACUUAGAGCUACGAAAGUGACUUAAUGUUAUUCUGGAAAUAAUACUUACCUGUUAUGAGAUGCUAUUAUAUGAGCUGUCAUCACAUUUUAACAUGCAUAUGUAUUUUUUGAUACCUGAAUUAUAUUAUUAGAAUAAGUAUCCAUAUACAUUUUCACUCCAAAAACACAAGCUUAAAAAUUUGAAAGUAAAGUACAUCUAGGGCAAAUGGUGGCUGAAAGUGAAUAAUAUUCAAAUUACUGUUGCUUGUACUGUAUAAGGAAAACUGCUUUUUUAAAUUGAGUAUUUGCUAAUUUAUAAUUACUAUUUUAUACUUUUCAACAUUUUUAAUAACUUUUUUUAUUGUUGGCUAUAACAGAAGGAUUCAGAUACCUAAAUAUCAUUUAGAACAUAGAACACAUUGGUCUAAUUCAUUGAAAGCUUAGUUAUAAGCAUUAAUACAACCAUGUAGUAGAGCAAGUGCCCAAGGCUUAAAGGGAACUUGGCAGUGUAAGAAAUAUUUUGGGUUCUCUCUGCUAUUUUAUAACUUUUUUUGUUGAUCUUUCAGGGGUAUGUACAUGGGCAGAGAAUCACAAAGGUACAUGUGCUGGAGAAAUACUGGACACAGUAGGAAGAAGUAUAGGUGUCCAGAAGAAAAGCUAAGAGGAAUAUUGUAAUUUGUUAAAAAAAAUAGUUUUGAGUUUUAACAGCAGUUAGCAUAAAGCAUGCUGUUGACUUGACUUUCAAAUUUCAAUGUAGGUAAUGACUAAAAAUUACUUUGAAACUUUUUACAGUGAUACUGUAACAGCUUAAACAGUGAUUUAAAAUGCAAUUCAAACUAGGCAAAAAAAACUUUAGAAUAAGUUUUCCUCCUGGCUGUCAGUUGGAAAUUCUAACCUGAGUGGUCAUUUUACAUUCCCAGUCUCUGAGAAGUGGAUUCUACUCUUAGAUGCACACUCUUAAGUCUGACUUCCUAACAGCAACCCCUUUAUGACUAGACACAUUUCUCCCUUUUCCUUUUAAAAUCUAAGCGACAGGAGUUGUUGCAUUAACUCCAAAGAAAAGUACAGGAUAAACAAUGUAGAAAUGUUACUCCUCAUUUACACGUUUUAGUCAGACACACACGCACGCACGCACGCACGCCCGCCCGCCCGCCCGCCCGCCCGCCCCAUAAUAAUUAAUUGAUUGCUUCCAGUGAGUGGGUGGAGACGAAUCUCAGCAGCAGACACACACACACACACACACACACACACACACACACACACACACACACACACACACACACACACACACACACACACACACACACACACACACACACACACACACACACACACACACACACACACACACACUCCCGCCCCAUAAUAAUUGAUUGCUUCCAGUGAGUGGGUGGAGACGAAUCUCAGCAGCAUCUGUGAGUACUACAGGUUGGAGUUUCCUGUCUGUAAAAUGGGACUGCAGGGGAGGGGGUGUUGUGAAUGAGUUGGACUGGAUGACUUCUAACAUUCUGCGAUGCCUAAUUUUGCAAAAUCACUUUUCAUUCACCCAAUAAAUUUUUUUCUUCUUUUUUCCAGAGUCUUGCUCUGUCUCCCAGGCAGGAGUGCAGUGGCGGGAUCUUGGCUCACUGCAACCUCUGCCUCCCAGGUUCAAUAGAGUCUACUGCCUCAGCCUCCCAAGUAGCUGGGAUUACAGGCUCAUGCCACCAUGUCCGGCUAAUUUUUACAUUUUUAGAAGAGAUGAGGUUUCACCAUGUUGACCAGGCUGAUCAUGAACUCCUGACCUCAAAUAAUCCACCCCCUCCCAAAGUGCUGGGAUUACAGGCGUGAGCCACCACGCCCCGCCCCAAUAAGUUUUUUGGAGUACCUUCUGUAUGCUAAAUAAUACACUAGGAAUAGCUCUAUCAUUUCCUAGUACAGCAUAAAUUUUAUGGUUGCUACUGUAGGUUUAUAAUUUGUUGUUUAUAGUUUGGUCUAAUUUCCAUCAGCCAUACUAACAUUAGAUUUUAAAAGGAGGCAACUUUUUUUCUUUUUGAACCAAAGGAAUGAGUUAGCUUUGAAAACAUAAUUUGAGAUAUUAUAGUAUGGAUUCUUCUACCUUUGUUUCAACUCCUUAAUAAUGUUGAUUCUAGCAAACUAGAAUGAGAUUUAAGAGAUAACAAUUAUUACUGGGCGUGGUGGCUCAUGCCUGUAAUCCCAGCACUUUGGGAGGCCGAGGCUGGCGGAUCACCUGAGGUCAGGGGUUCGAGAUUAGCCUGGUCAAAAUGGCAAAACCCUGUCUCCACUAAAAAUACAAAAAAAAAACCCACAAAACUGUCCAGGCAUGGUGGCACACGCCUGUAGUCCCAGCUCCUCGGGAGGUGGAGGCAGGAGAAUCACUUGAACCCAGGAGGCGGAGGUUGCAGUGAGCCGAGAUCAUGCCUCUGCACUCCAGCCUGGGCGACAAGAGUGAGACUCCAUCUCAAAAAUAUAUGUAUAUCAAUUACCAACUAAAAACGUAACUUCAGUUUGGCAGUUUGCAUAUUAUUAUAAGGAGAUAAAUGUUAAAACAUACUUGACUACUUUCAGAAAUGUUCUCCUGGUACUUUUUGCAUUUCUACAUUCAGAUAAAAAGAUUUGCAUGUACCUGGCUAACGCCAAGGAAACUUCAUUUUUUUCUUCACUAUUAUGCACUUUCAUGGUAUAGUCUUUCUCAGUUCUUUUAAUUUUUGUUAUUUAACAUCUUUAAUAGCACAGCAAACAUCUUUUCAGAAAUUUUCAGUUAAAGCCUUUGAAUUACUUAUCUUUGAUUUAAUUUACAGCCAGCAUUUUGCCACGUUCUAAAUAAUAUUUAGCUGAACUGAUUCAUAUGUAUUAAUGACCAUUCUAGCAAAGGCCUGCAAGUGGUGUGGGAAUCAGGGAAAGGCUGCCUCUUUGGUAUCUCAACUGGUAUUGAUUAUUGUUAUCAACUAUUUGGGGAGAAAAAAUCAAAAUGAAGCCCUGUCAAAUUUUAGAAGUACUAUCUUUGGUCCUUCAAACACUUGACAUUUGUGAUGACACCUUAAGAAAAAUAAAGUUGAAAUUCAGGUCUUGCCAUUGCCAUUACAAACAAAUUAGGAGACCUGGUGUACCUGGGAACAAAUUUACUUGAAUAUUCAGUACCUGAAACUAUGCCAAACCAAAGAGCAGCUGCAGUACAUUAGUUAUUUUAAAUGAACAAGUUUACAAAGUUUAUUUUCAUCUAUACGUAAGGAUGAUUUUUUUAAAACUUUUUACAUAUUAGUGGUUAUGAUUCAAUGUAUCAUGAGUGAAUUUAACUGUAAGGUGGUUUAAAUCAAAUAUGCAAUGUUUACUUGAAUUGUAUUUCUAUUAGCAGAUUUUGACUAUGUUUACAGGACUGUUUAAAUUAAGGAUUAUCAGGCAUGUGAGAUCUCCUUUCAGUUAUCUUUAAAGUAGAUGUAUAUUAAGGGCUUAGAUUUAGGAUCUGCAUAUUCUGGGCAUUGAAUAGGCAGUAAUUUACAAAUAAGUUUUGCUUACCUUUUGUUCUAGGGACUAGCACUGCUAUCAAUGGAAAGUAUUUUUAACUAAUCUGUUAUUAAGAAAGUCAUAUUUUUGCAUUUCAGCCAAAAUAAAGACCGUAUCUAAUAAACUGUUAGAAACAGAUAAUACAUGUCUGAAAUCCAUAUGUUUCAUAUGAUCUAAACUGUAUUUUCCAAUUUAAAUUAAAAAUGUAAUAUAGAUUCAGAAAGGUUCAUAUUUUUCUAAUGACUACAUUCUAUGUUAUUUUGUUAGGUUGCAUAAAGAAGCAAGGAGUUGUACUUGUAUUAAAAGAUGAAGAAAGCUAUUAGGUAUAUUUGUACAUGACUGCAAAUGAGUCUAUGCCCGUUUAAAAGAAAAGAUGGACACUAUUUUAAAGUGAGCUUUAAUAUGCUUUUAUAUAAACAAAUUUGAAGUACAGUUUAGUUUGGUGGUGUUUACCUAACAAGUACCAUAAGCCUUGUAUUUGUUCUUAUUUGUAUAAUUCUAGCCUGUGACUUAAUGUUGACGCUUUGCUUUGUCUUUUGGCUGGCCUAACCUACAUUGACAUGUACACAGAACAUUUUAAAACUUUUUUUUCAAAAGUCAUAAUGAAUUACUUUAUUAAUAAACAAAUAAAGUCUUGUA